CACCACCGCGAUCUCCGGCCAUGGCGUCACCUUCUACAUCUACGUCUUCAACCACCAUCACCCGUAAAAGAUUCAAAACUCAGAGCGAAGUGGCAUUGAAACCGAGUUUCUCUGACCUUCCAUCAAGUCUUUUGGAAGUAAUAAUGUCUCGUCUUGUGUUAAAAGAUAACAUCAUUGCAUCAGCUUCUUGCAAAUCAUGGUGUGAAGCGGCACUAUCCGUUCGGGUAGUGGAAAAGCAUCCUUGGCUGCUGAGCUUCUCUAAACGUAGCAGUUUAUUUGAGCUCCACGAUCCGGUACAGUCGAAGUCGUACACUUUGAAUCUGCCAGAGCUAGCUGAGUCAACCGUGCGCUACUCAUCACACAGCUGGUUACUUAUGCACGCAUCUACCUCAAAGGACUUGUUUUUCUUCAACCCGUUUACUCGGGAGCUCAUAAGCUUGCCUAAGUCUACGCUACCAUUCCAGGCAAUCGCAUUCUCUUCUCCUCCUACAUCUGAUAAUUGUGUUGUGGUAGCCUUAAACUUUAAGUUGCGGCAGCAUUAUGUCACUAUCAGCACUUGCCAUCCUGGAGCAACUGAGUGGAUUACCGAGGCCUUCCCUGCCGCUUUACUAUAUUAUAUGAAGAGCAAGCUUGUCUAUCUCAAUGAUCGAUUCUAUUGUUUUACCUUUGGUGGAGACUCCUUGUAUUCCUUUCACCCGUCUUCCAGGACAUGGGUUUGUCUUGCGGAUGUAUAUCACUAUCAUCAACUGCAAGGUGGGUGGGAGAGGAGAGAAACUUUCUUGGCAGAGAAGCAAGGAGAGCUCUUUCUCGUGUUUACUUGUGGCAAGGAAAAACCAGUGGUGUUUAAACAAGGCUCUUUGCAAUGGGAGAAGAUGUCUAGUACUGAGCUUGAUGGCUUCACAAUCUUCUUCAGUUCUUAUUACUCUCAGAUUAGGACUAAUCUUCCAUGGAUGAGGAAAAAUCUCUGCUCCUUAAGGUUUGGUAACAACCGCAUGCGUUGUCUCUCCUAUUCUUUUGAUAAAAGCAGGUACAAUCCACAUAAGGGAAGUCUGAGCUGGCUAAAACUUGUUUCUCGUCCAAAGUGCCUCUGGAUCGAUCCGCCGGAUAAUGUUUCAGACUAUUUGGGUUGA